AAGACUGCAAAACCGGCGGCUUCACAGGGACCCGGCAGAAUUCCGGCGAGAAGUGCAAAUUCCGGCAACCUAAAGAAAAUUCCCUAAAAAAAGCUUGAAAAUUCCAAAAAAAAAGACCGAUGAUAACAGAUUCAAUUUGCAGCCAAGAUGGAGAAAACUCAAGGUUGAGUUGGUCAUCCAGAGGCUUAAUUCACAAUUUUAGGCUUCCUUUCUACCCGUGGGCUCCUUCUUGUUCUUCUUCCGUUUCAGUUUCCCAGUCAAACCAAGAGAAAAUUUCCGGCCUAAAAUUCCAGAUCUCCUCCCUCUCGGCUUUUCUCACCUUGCCUUCAUCCUUGGCAUUCGAUUCCUUCUCUUUUAUCUCCACCUUCGCGGGGACAAAAUAUGCAAUAUUUUCUUUCGAGAAAAUUUUGAGUUAUGAUAACGAAGUUCAAUAGAAAUCCUGUCUGUAUUGCCAGUUGGGAGUUGAAUUAUGGUACGGGUUGGAAUAGCAUGCUUUUGCAGUUGGCUUGUUGUCUUUAUUUUUAUUUUUUAUAAUAAAUAAAUAUUUUUUUA